AUGGGGAGUUUUAUGUGGAACUCUGCUCUUAUUUUGGAAAUUCCCAAUCAAUUUGUGUUGAAAACGUUCAGGACAAAACUUAAAGAGAAACUAGAGAAAAUUCUUCAAGGCCAGAUUACGAGAAAGUCAUUUAUGGAGUAUAUUCUUGAUUGGUAUUGUAAACUUGGCAAUGAAUACAGUCUUAUACUCCGAGAAAGCUUUGAGAAAAUUGCAAUGAAGGUUUUGGAAACAGGGGCAUCAUGCAGAUGUGAAUCAUUCAAUGACAGUGAAAAGAUAAAAUAUGGUGUUUUGAUGUCAAACUUGUGUGAAAGAGAUUGGGCGAGGCAAAACGAACUUGCAGAAAAGUUCCGUUUAUCGAACAAAUGUCAGGUCAAUGCGCGUGAGGCAGCAGUGAGCAUAGUCAACAUCAAGGAAAAUAUCGAGAUUGGCAAUAUUACUGUUAAAGAUAUUGAGGAAAUAGAAAAGAAACCCGACACAUUCAUCAAAGCAUGUGCAACUAUUUUCUCGUACAAAGGAAAACCACAUUUUGAUGAAAAAAGAAUGCUGGUAAUGAUUCAAAUCCGAAGCAAAGAGUUAAAGGAAACAAGAAAUAUCCAAGCAGCAAUUUUUAACCUUGUGCAAGCAACUUUCAAUGUUCAUUCUUGCAAUCUAAACAUCAGUGAUCUUGUGAAUGAAACGAGCAUUCUAAAGGAUAUCUGUGUGCCUCUCACAACGUUGUCUGGAGAUAUUAAAUAUUACAAACCCAAAGUUAAAUUAUGCGACUUAACAGAUGAUGAAAUUGCAGCUUUGCCAAAAAUUCAGAGGAUCUCUGACAGCUUUGUAUUUUUGGAUUUGUGGAAGACACAAUGUUCUAGCAAUAAAGAAAAAAUUGUGCCUACAAUACAACAUCUUCUAAAAAGUGUUUGGAGAACAGUAUUUCCAACGUGGAAUGAUUUGUUUCAAAGGCUAAAGAGUGGAUCCAUUACCUUUGAAGAAUUUGACAAGUACUUCUCAAAUUAUGACACAGAAGUUAUUAAAAAGGAAAUGACUUUGUACAGCGAUGGAGAAAAUAAUCAGUGGAUAUCAGAAAGAAUGCAACAGAUACAUCAACACAGGCAACUCAACACGUGUCUUAAAGGGGCCAAGGUCAUCUUGGAAUUUGUACAAAUCUUUGAUCUGAAAGGCGAUUUCAGUCCAAUUGAAAAAAUUGUGAAGAUGAGAGACGACAAACAAAUGAAAAUACAAGAUCUAGACAAAUCAUUUUUGGAAGCUUGUGACGUUCUUUGUGACAUCUCAGACAAUCAGAUUGUUUGUCUACAAACAUUUAUUGAAUGCAAGGAACUUGUGAGUUGGAUACAAUCAGCGGCACCAGAUCUUCAGCAAUUGGCUGUUUUUGUUGACUUGGCAACCAUAUCUGCUGGAGAAUGGGACAUGGAAGUUGACAGGGUAAACUGUUUUCAAUCAGCCACGACUGGUUACGCACCCCUUAUUUUCAACAUUGAAAAAGAAUGCGACUACAAGCAUUUUCUGGGGCAGUGUAAAUAUGUCUGGAAGGAACUAGAUGCUGAUCCCAAACUUCCUGUUAAAUUUAAGGACACAAAACGAGAACUUGUAUGGCUUGAAAGUGUAAAGAAAGCUCAGGGAUCUGUAGAAAUUUCAGCAAUGGAACAAGCGAAAGCCAUUAACAAUUCCGGGAUUUAUCUAAUUGGCAGCUUUUCUCCUAGUACAUUGAAACAAAAGCUGAAUGUAGACGAUGUACUUCAACUUCACAUUCAAGAUGAGAAAGUAGAAGCAAGACUCCGUCGUCAAUUUCAUUACAAAGAAUUACAAGAAUUACAAAGUAAACUCAUGCUGAUUGCAGGGAAAGCCAAACAAGGAAAUGAAGAUGUGGAGCGUUUUACAAAUGUUUUCGAUACUGUCGUAAGAUUGUGCAAUAUUUACAUAAAAUUAAUCGAGGCCGGGUGUAUCCUUUUUUCAAACUGGCAUGUCAAAUUUUUAUGUGAUCCAAAGCGUCCCGUCUGUGCAUUCGUUAAUUUUGGAUAUGGAAAGGACUACAAACAAUUAAAAGGGAGACGUGACGACAACGAUGAUGUUACAACUCUAAUGCCUGAUCUUGCAACAUUUUUAGAAAAUAGUUUGCAUAAAUGGUCUGAAUUUAUAAAUGACAAGCGAGAGAAGUACCCUCGUCUCAAUUUCUACACAAUGGACCAGCUCGUUACUCUUCAAAAAGAAUUAGCGAAAGUUCAACGCGGAUCUGAUCAUUCGCUUCAAGUGUAUCAACUUUUAUCUCUUACCAAAGAAAACUGUGACCAGGAGGAUCUCGUGAAUGCACUAGGCCUUGCUAGUAAUUGUAUUGAAAAAAUUGAAAAUAAACAGUCAAAUGCGUUGACAAGAGACAGACAAGAAGAAAUUCAUUCAGGCUCUGAACAAUUUAUUCAGGAAAUGAUGAAAGUAGGUAACACAAGAAAAACAGCACUGGCAGCUUUAAAAGAAGGAAUAGAAGAAACUGAUAUAGCAGCCGGCUACCUGUGGUGUUUAGAGCAUGAACACGAUGAAGAAAUAGAAGAUAAAAAUCGGUUUAAAGCCUCUCUUAGAACAACAACGAUGACAAAGUAUUCGAGUCUUAUCUCUGAGGAAAAUACAGAAUCUGAAACACAGUCCUUAUUAUCGGAGCUUGACAAAGUGUGGCAAUCAUUCGUAGAAUCAGUUUCAUCAAGUGUCUCUGAUUACUUAAGUAUAGAGCACUUAGGAAUGACACUCCAGGAGCUUACAUUUAGAGAACCGGAGCUGAAAAGAGAUUUCAUGAAAUACUUCAAGACAAACGAACCCAACGUUUUAAUUUGCCAGAAAGCUGAUGUUAUAAAUACUGUACUGUCGAUAUACUGUCAUAGCUCAAGGGAACCUCUUCCACGACCAGAAGAGAUUUUAUUCUGUACGGAACAAACAACUGCUGACGAGAUUGACAUCUUCUGGAGAAGAUCAUUCUAUGACAAAAGCGGGAAAAUAUACUGUUUAGCAGAUUGCGGAGUUUUAAAGCACAAUGUCAGCGAAAUUGCGGAAAGAAGACUGAAUGUGUAUAUGCAGAAGGAAUUGCCAUACCAACUUGUUAUUGUCUGUGAUUCUGAUACGGAAAACCAAAGCAAGAUUGUUGCUGCAUUGAACAAUUACAGCAGAGCAGAUUUUAGUUUCAUACAAAACAACAAAGACCUUCGCAAUCAUAUUGAAGGAAAACUGACGUGCCACACCUCUGCAAAAGCAUAUGGAGCUCAUGCCGACAUGAAAAAUUGCACUGUGAGAAUUGUAAAAUCACGGAGGGCAGGAGUUGGAAAAACUCUGUAUAAAAGAAGAACUGCAGAGAAACUGAAAAGUUUCAGCAAAGAUUCUUCAGUGAUAACAAUUCCAUUACAUGCAAGGAAGAUAAACGUGGACGAAGUGAUGGCAACCCUUUUACAGAAUACUUUGGCUCCGAAAACAAACGCACAACGUUUGUUUCAUUUUGACUUCGCUCAAGAGGUAGUAGAAGAGGUUGACUAUCUGUUAUUCCAACUAAUAAUUCUUGGUUGUCUUACGGACAGUCAUGGAAAUGUCUGGAGAAAACUGCCAUCUGAUCUUUACUUGAUAGAGACUACACCAUUGCUGAUAGAAUCCAGCCAAAGUCCGGGAUCUCCAGCAAAAUGCCUCCAUAGGUGUCUUGACAUUUUGCCAGAUGUAAUGUGCAGACCUCCAAGACAGUGCUUAAGUAUCUACACGCACUCAAAUAUACCAUACGAUUACAAGGGGAGUGACCUUCUCUUUGAUGAAGAAGAGUUCAGAAGUGAAGUUUUUCAAAGACCCUAUCAGUAUCUAACAACGUUAGAUCCAGAAUCUCCCCAUACUAUAUCAGACGUAAAUUUGAAUGAAACAUUUGGGACUAUAGGAGAGUGUCUGCAAACUGUUUUAAGAUAUUGUGGAAUAUUUGAUCCCUCUUGGGCAGAAGUGAGAAACUUUGUAUGGUUCUUAGACACACAACUGAAAGAUUUUGAAAAGUCAGAUUAUAUAAGUGAAGCAGCCUCAGCAGACUUGCCUGGAUUUCCAGUCUUUGUUUUAAAGUUCCUUAUUCAAAUGUCAAGGGAUUUUGCGACUCGGUCACUAGACAUGAGUGAAGAAACAGUCAACAGAGCUGAAAUCUGUGAGAAGAAAUCAGAUUUGGAAAAAGACUUGAAACAAUUUCAAUUCAGAAGAACUUGGGAAAGCAGUCCACAUCCAUACCUUUUCUUUAACCCUGAUCACAACACCUUGACAUUUGUUGGAUUUUCCAUCGAUCGAAGGACAGGAGAUCUGGUUGACUAUAAAACUGGUGCCAUCUUGGAGAGAAAGAUUUUGCCGAGAAGACUGGGCCAUGCCCUUUACCAAAACAAAGUUAAUAUGCAGGAAAAUUUUGACGAACUAACAAGACAAGAAAAAUUGAAGAAACUUUGUACCGUAAUGGGGCUUGAUGUUAUUCAUGAUCCAGACAGCACAUAUGAGUUGACAAUGGAUAAUGUGAAAAAAAUUCUUGCAAUUUACAUGAGGUUUAGAUGUGAUAUUCCAGUCAUAAUAAUGGGAGAAACAGGUUGCGGGAAAACCCGAUUAGUGGAUUUUCUUUGUAAACUGCAGUGCCCACCGGAAGUUAAAACUAAAAAUAUGUUGAUCAUAAAGGUUCACGGAGGAAUAAAACGCCAAGACAUUAUUGACAAGAUCAAAGAAGCUGAAGAACUUGCAAAGGAAAAUUCAAAACAUGGGAUCUAUACUGUUUUGUUUUUUGAUGAAGCUAAUACUACUGAGGACAUAGGUGUCAUCAAAGAGAUAAUGUGUGACAAAACUGUCAGUGGAAAACCCCUUGAUCUAAGCAAAUCCUUGAAAAUCGUUGCAGCGUGUAAUCCUUAUAGAAAGCACUCAGAUGAAAUGAUCAAUAGACUUGAACAAGCGGGCUUGGGAUAUAAUGUAUCCGCUGAGAACACAAAAGAUAAACUAGGUCGUUUGCCAAUGCGUCAUCUUGUCUACAGAGUACAACCAUUGCCACAAAGCAUGCUACCUUUAGUUUGGGAUUUUGGACAACUAGACAACGUAGUAGAAGAAAUGUAUAUCAGGCAAAUCGUUUUAAGAUACAUAAACGAUAAGAAGUUGCCAAAUUUUGAGCAGAUGAAUGUGACGUUGAGCCGAAUUUUGACAAAAGCACAAGAAUAUAUGAGAACUCAAAAGGGGGAAUGUAGUUUCGUCAGUCUUCGUGACGUUGAACGAACACUCCUCGUCAUGAGCUGGUUCCUGAAAACAAGAGAAGUCCCAGACAAUCCAGUAUUUUUUUGUUUAGGAAAGAUUCAAACGUCAGAAGAUGAUGAUACAAAAGAGAACUUUCAGGUUAGUCUUCGCUGCAAUCUGACCAAAGCCUUGGUUUUAGCACUUGGUGUAUGCUACCAUGCAUGUCUCUCAGAACGGGAAAAAUUUAGAAACCACAUUGUAACAUUUUUCAAAGACGAAUUUUUGCCACUGGGGUCAGGCGCAGCAUUUUUAGACAUAAUCAGCAGUUGCCAGGAAGAGUUUUUGAGGGGGAUUCCCGUUGGAAAGAAUAUUGCAAAAAACAAAGCAUUGAGAGAAAACGUAUUUAUGAUGGCAAUAUGCAUAGAGCUACGAAUUCCUCUAUUUUUGGUCGGGAAGCCUGGUAGUUCCAAAUCUUUGGCAAAAACAAUUAUUUCAGAUGCAAUGCAAGGACUGUCGUCACAUACACAACUUUACAAAAGUCUGAAAAAAGCAACUAUGGUUUCUUUCCAAUGCAGUCAUUUGUCUGUUGCUGAAGGCAUUUUAAACACAUUUGAACAAGCAGCUAAUUAUCAAAAAGACAGAGAUUUAGAAAGAUUUGUUUCAGUUGUGAUUUUAGAGGAAGUAGGACUUGCUGAGGACUCCCCCAAAAUGCCACUAAAGAUACUUCACCCCUUAUUGGAGAGUGGAUGUCCCGGAAAUGCAAGCGCUGAAAGAUACAAAAAGGUUGCCUUUAUUGGACUCUCAAACUGGGCACUUGAUCCAGCUAAAAUGAAUCGGGGCAUUUUAGUACAAAGAGAGACGCCUGAUUUGGUGGAUUUAAAAGAAACAGCCAGGGACAUACAUGGGAGGGACAAUGCUGCAUUAGUAGAAUUUCUAAUUGAACCUUUGACAGAAGGAUAUUUAGAGGUCUUCAAUGCAACAUUGCUGAAAAGAGAAUUCUUUGGACUUCGAGAUUUUUACAGUUUGAUUAAAAUGGUUUCAACAUUUGCGACAAAAAGUCGUAAGAAACCUACGUGGAUGAUGCUGAUGCAUUCAGUAUUAAGAAAUUUUGGUGGGUUAGAAGAUCCAGACAUAAAGCCGUGGGAGAUAUUUGAAAAGAAGCUUUCGAGAGAUGUUACAAAGAGUGGGAAAACAGCAGGCGAUCCUGAAUGCACACCAACAGGACUAAUUGAAGCAAGUUUAACAGGACGUGAGGAUGGAUCUAGAUAUCUGUUGCUACUGACAAAGAACUACGAAUCUUUCUCUGUACUGCAACACAAACUGAGUGCCACAACUAAAAGACACCAAAUGCACGAUGAAAAACAAACUGUUGUGACUAUAUUUGGAAGCAGUUUUCCCUGCGACCAGGAGUACACACAGGUCUGUCGAAACAUAAAUAGAAUCAAGGUUUGCAUGGAGACGGGGGAACUUGUUGUCCUCUUGAAUCUUGAAAACUUGUAUGAAAGUUUGUACGACGCUCUCAACCAGUCAUUUGUUAAAUUUGGGGACCAGAAUUAUGUUGACUUAGGCUUAGGAUCUCACAGAGUGAAAUGCAGAGUUCAUAAAAAUUUCAGACUCGUGGUUAUUGCUGAAAUAAACACUGUGCUGAUGAAGUUUCCAAUACCCUUGAUCAACCGCUUGGAGAAACAUUUUCUUACAAUAACAAGUGUUUUGUCCUCUCGACAACUGCGGUUAUCGAAACGAUUAGAGAAUUGGAUAUAUGAAUUUGUAGAACAGGCUACACAGCCAAACAGUCAACAAAAAAUGCAAGUUGGAGAAGUUUUCAUCGGCUACCACCAAGACUCAUGUGCAUCAAUUAUCCUACACUUAUGCCAAAAAAUGUCCGAUGACAAGGAACUCGGUGAAAACGACGAAGAGAUAUUUCGUUGUGGUCAAGAAGUAUUUUUGUUGGUUGCAACACCGGAUGCCGUUCUACGCCAGGCAAUAGGCACAGACACAGGAACCGAAAUGAAAGAUAUUUAUUUUCACAAACAAAAACACAACAGUCUUGUGGAGUAUUUAAAACAUUACUUGCAGCAAAAAGAAAAUUUGACUAAGUUCAAACAGAUUACAACUCAUUCUAAGCUGCUUUCCAUUGGAGAUCUGAAUGAUUUAUUGGCUGGUUUAAGAUAUUCAACUGACUGUAAAAAUUCAUCUGAUGCAGACCAACCAGCAAGUAGUCAGGACUUAUCAGACGCAAACAUUGCAAUGCUUUCACUGAAAGCUUUUGACACGGAACAGCAAUUCUGCAGUGAAAUUAAAUUUUCAUUGGAAAAAAAUUUCAUGGUGAUAAUUCAAUGUGACUUUGGCUCUGAUGAUGAGAGUUUGAUAGCGUGUGCCAGGCAUUGCGUACAAGACGUAAUUGAACAAAUGAAAAAUGAUAUAUCGUCAAGGAGAUACGUAAUUCUGAUUAUUCAUCUUCCAAGAAAAACAAAAUAUCCUUUCAGUGGAUUUCAGUGUGGCAUUUGGGAGAGUGUGCAUAUUGAUGAGCUACGUCCUUGGGGUGAGGAUAUUCCACAUAUAACAGAUAUGGUUAAGAUGAGUAUAUCUGAUUUGUUGGAAAACGUAACAGAUGAAACAAUGAAAGGAGAGAAAAAUGAAAUCCGCAUGCAACGAGAACAGGAUUUAAUGCAUGAUGCAACAGAAAGCCUAUUUCCAGAUAAUGCGCGGAGUGUCCAGGAAUACACAGACGCAAACUCUGAGGACUCAAUUUUUUCUGAACAUGAAAAGGUUUGUGAUGAAAGGAAACCAGACGUUCAAAAGAAACUGAAGUUUAUUGAGCUAUUGAAGUCAAGUCUUCAAGUUUCGCUUACUCUGGUUAGAGACCAAGAUGAUGACAAAAAAGACCAAGCUGGUGGCGAAAACAGACAUAAAGAACGAUUAAACAUCGUUCAUUCUCAUCUCCUAAAUGAUGAAUUCUUUUUUGGAAUUUGUAAAAUUCUUAAAACUUUAUUGAAAGAAAAAGAGGAAAGUAUGUCAGAAGAUGAAAUUAGGUCGUGGAUUACUUCUGAAGCAUCUAGCCGGCAAUAUAUUUAUCGGGUUGGAACAUUCAGAAAAUCGUUGAUACAAUGCAUCGAAGACCAGAUAAUACCAAUUUUAGCAGGCAUUAUAUCGCACAUCGAUGUAAACAACAAUCUCUCUAUAUUGAAACAUCAAGAAAAAUCCUCAUGGAAAGUAAAACUUUUUCUUCAAAUUCUUUUGGAGCAAAAGGCAGUUGGAAUUUCCUACAGAUCCCUAAAGAAGGCUUUUAAAGAGACACCUUUUGAAAAUAAUAAGCCUGAAGUAUCAGUGAAAAGACUUGGGUACAGAGGAAAGAAAUUUCAAGCCAAACUACCUUUCUCAUGGUUGUUGUUCGAGAUAAUCAAUAAAGUUCUAAGAAUGUCCUCCACCAUGAAAUCUGUUGGUAUCAUUGACAACUGUGCACGUAUCCUUGAGGAAUACCCCUUGGUUAGAAAUUUUUUAACAUGUGACCUACCAGAGACAUGUAUUGGGGACUAUAUCAAUGACUUCGUUUUUAUGGUAUAUCCUGUUCAAUCAAAGGAUGAGUUUCGGGUUGUAUAUGAAAACAUAGAAACGGGCAGCAGAGUGACCUUGAAGGGUAAAGAACAUACUAUUCUUCAUCGAUUCAUAGCUGUGCAUGAUGCAUAUGAAAAAUCCGCCUUCCGUUAUUCAAAUUUCAAACAAAUUGUGCUCAUCUGGCCUGAGUGUUGCAGUAAAAUGGCUGAAUAUUCCAGAAAAGAAAUUGAUGUUAUCGAAGAAGAGACAUUGGAUGUCAUUGGGCUUAGCUUGCUUUUGCAAAAUCUUGAACCCGAAAAUGAAACAUUUAAAGACGCAAGAGGAAAGAGACAAAAAUGGCUACAAAAUGUUAAUCGAAUCAGAUUUGUUACUGAGAGCAUCCUAGAGUCAUUAAAAGAGAAAAUGCCUGGCACAAGACCGUUAGGAGAAUUCUGCAAAAAAUAUCUUGCAGAUAUAAGUUGUCGAUGGAAGAAAAUUGCUGUUGUGAAAUUGUUCAUCAGACAUGUAUGUUCAGUGAAGGAAGACCAAUCAAGCAAAUGCAUGGUUCUUUGGAUGAUGUUAAAGACACUUACCGAUACAUCAAGCAUAGAUUCAUUAGAUCGUCUCGAAAAAUUCUUGAAAAUUUGCAUGCGAGAAGUGAUGAAAAAAGUUUAUGGAGAACAGAUGAAAUGUACGAACUGUGAAUGUGGUAUUUUUGACCAGCCAGUGAAACUACCAUGUGACCAUGUUAUUUGUUUAAAAUGCUACAAGGAAACUUCAAUCUUGGGUAAAAGAGUAUGUCCGUCUUGUCAAAAGCCGUUCCCAGAAGACCUGAAAUACAAUUCCAUAAACAUUGAUAGUGCUGUUGAGAAAGAACUUAAGUCAUAUCAACAGAGUUGUAAUGACUUCUUUAUGGCUAUUGUAUCAAACCUCUGUUUUUCCGACGACGCCGUGCCAAGAAAGGACGUAGUUGAAAAACUGAUGACGUAUGUGGUGGUAAAAACAAAAUCAGACGAUCCAACAAGUAAAGCAACCAAACAGUUCUCGUUAGUAGAUGUUGACCCUGUUGUCGACACGACCCCAGUUUUGAGAACGUUCCUUUUACAACAGUUGUUACGGGCAAAUUUCACUGAAGUAAAAAUUCAUUUGAAAAAAUACAUUGUGGAUACCUCAAACCUAUUCUCCAGAAAUGAAGACGUGUCUGGCGAUUUCUAUUCCACAGUUGUGUACUGCCUUGAGGAUUCAUAUCUUCAAAAAUGUUCAAGAGUGAUGCAACUUGAGGAGGACAACAAUGAAGAGAUAAAUAGAGCUACAGAUUUUCUUUGUGAGGCUCAAAAACAGAACAUGGGCAUGGAUGCUGUUGACGAAAUAUUUAGGAUUUCAGAGGCAAGAUUUGGAUUACGUAUUGCAGCAAAAUACCUAUACAAGAUUAUAGUUGAAAAGUCUAUGAGAAGAACAGAAGAAACGAGACAACUUUUUAAGGCAGCAGUAAAGUUAUGCAUGGAGAGUUCUACAAGAUAUUCUAGUAUCUUUGUUAUCAAACAAUUGUGCCUUGAUUACAACAUUGACGUCUUCAGGGACAUAUAUUCGUCGGAAGAAAACGAUAUGAAAAAAUGCAUGGAAAUUCCCGAAUUAAUUGCACAAAAGGUACCUGAAUGCGAGGACAGAUUUAUCAUAUGCGGACCAAGCUAUGUGUCUAUCAGGGAAAACAUUACACAAUGCAUUUUGGGUAAAUCUAUGUUGCCCUUGGAGAAUGAACUUUCGGUAACAAGAUUGUCAGAUGAUGAAAAGGGAAAAAUAUGCUCCCUGGCUAUUUUCAGAGAGGUCACCUUGUCGUUCUUGUAUCCAGACUCUGGACGAAAAUUCACCUCUGAAGGUCUUGCAUGGCUGGAGAAAUAUAUCCGUAGUUCAACUCUUUUCACAAAUCAGGUUGACCUCAUCAUUUCAAUUUUACGUAAUGAGAUCUUUGAAGGCGACUCUUUACUUAAAAUAAAAGUUGAGAUGCCAGUUGAGGAACAAAAUAUUGCGUGUCUCUUGUUUCACCUAUACAUUACGCUCUCCAGAAAUCUUGAUGAGGCGCCAAUGUUAGGACCAUUAUACAAUCUGCUGUUUUUUCCAGAUAAAUUAAAGGAAUCCUUUUUACCAACAAUGCCUCAGGACGAUUCCGACAAAAUACGAAACAUACUUUUUGCUGCAGAACGUGAACUGGGAAAUACUCCAAUGUCUUAUGCCUGCCCGGAUGGACACAUUUACUUUGUUGGCGAGUGUGGUAAACCAGAAGUUGUUGGAAGGUGCCCUGACUGUCGGAAAGAAAUUGGAGGACAUGAGAAAAAAUUACUUGAAACAAAUUCAAAGGAUAACGGCAACGAUAAGACGAAACUUGGACAUAUUCUGGGCUCACCGGAGGCAAGAAAUUCAACUGCUACACCGGAAAGAAAACUGCUACCAAAAGAGUGUGCUAUCUUGAGAUUCUUUACAAAUGCAGCAAUGUAUCUAGGAGCUUGUUCCAAACUCGAGGACGUUUCAAAAAUGGUUUAUCCAUCCGUCUCAUCUGACAAAAUUUUGCCAUUCCUGUUUAAACAUAUUCAAGUUGAUAUAAGGACCCUGGUAUGCGUACUAGGCAAGAAUGAAGACGAAGUUUACCUUAUACUUCAUGGGAUUUGUCAGAGACUUGGAUAUCCAAUUACAAGUUCAGAUGAAUUUCCACAUCAGUUGAAUACUAAGUCAGAUCGUGAAGAAUGGGAAUUCGCAUUUGCAAACUUUUUCUUGAAGCCUACCUUAAAGGAAUUGGAAACCAUUGUAUCCGAGUACAACAAAUAUAUCUCAGAAGAUGAACGCUUAGGUAGUGAUCCUUUAUUGCGUAUACUUGUCGAGGAAGACAUCUCCAGAAAGGAUUUAAAAGACCUUGCUUUAUUUGAUAAUCCUGCGAUGUGGAGAUGCAGAAAAGCUGUUACAGUUCAAAAUAUCACUUCAUUAAUUUUGAAUAGUACUUCAGAAGAGAAAUGGCCUCUUUUGCACAUGUUUUUAAAAGAGGAAAAACUUCUAAGAGCAAUACGUUAUGUACCGAGUAUCAUAAAGCUUCAACAAAAUCUUAUAAGAAAACAUGAGAAGAAAUUAGAGAGAGCAAAAGCUUCGACGCUAUUUGAGAUCAUUGUAACAGAAGAUGAAAAAGACCAGCAUGAAGUACAGGAACAGCUAAAGCUAGUAAAAGAUUUCAGUGAUGCUUGGAGUUGUGUGAGAGACGAAUUGAUGAAUUUCCAAUUUCCCACCACUGAUGGAUUUAAACAGAUACAAGGAGACACUUGUAACUUCACUUUGAACGAAAAAUGUCCCAUCAGCUAUUUCCUUCCAACCUUUUCUGAUGAAGGUCUUUGCUCGUAUGGUUUAUUGUACUUCCUACUUAACAAGCAAAAUGAGUUUCUGAAAAAGUAUUCAAAAGUUGGGAAUACAUUUAUUGGGUUUAAAGACCUUCCAAGAGUUAGUCUAAGUGAUCUGACAGCUUCUCAUCUGAUUAGUUUUCACCCAGAAAGAGAUAUUCUUCCCAUCGUUUUGGCAAAUUCCCAAUAUAUGUUUGAAGUUGGAAAAGGUUUACAAACCGACUACAACUACACUGAAAUUGAAUGUACCAUUGUCGACAGAUUUUUGUACAGUAAAUCUGUUAUUCUAUUAGAGACUCUUGAAAAUUUCGCAAUAAUGACAUACAAAUCGGAGACUACAAAUGCAACAAUCUUCAGGGAGUUAAGACUGAAAGUUAAACAGGAGGAGCUGUCAUCUAGUAUAUUCAAGAAAAUUGAAGAAGAAAUCGAUGAUCACCCAGAGGCUGCUACUGCAAUUCAAAACUUAGACAUUGCAAUUCAGUUUCUCACAAAAACCGGAAGCAAGCCAGACAUGUAUAUAGAACAAUACAUGAUUGAAAAGAUAUUGAUGGAAAAACCAUUUGAGGAUCAUCACCGGACGAUGAAAUCGUGUCAGUGCAAACAUGUACAAGAUUUGUGGAUUGCUUUAAUGAUAGUGUACACUAAGGGUCAAGCAUCAUAUCCUGAGGAUAUGUUUAAAACGGUGAAAGAAACUUUUAAAGUAAAGUUAUCCCAAGAACAAAAAGAUUUUGUGGAAGAAAUGAGUGAAGGAUUCCUUCUUGAGAAAUUUAAUAUCCUCAUAGAAAAAUUGUUUGGAUGCAUCAUGUUAUGUAUAACCAUUCCCGAAGAUGACAAAUGCUUCGACUCCUCAGAUGGAUUAAAGAAAACCUUGCAAAAUUUCUGUAUUCAUCCACCAUACGAUGUCUUAAUCCCGAAAGAAAAGAAAAUCAACAUCCUAGAGUUGAUCGAAAAAUUUCCAGAUGGGGAAUUGAAGCUAGAAAACAAACAUGCUGUUGAUUUGUGGAUAAUUCUGUACGGGAAGUAUUCAAGAAUGGUGAGUUAAAAAGUAAGGAGGAAGUGGACUUUUUAAGAACUGUGUGUGUUUUAUUGUUAUAUUUUUAAAUUGUUUUUUUAAUAUUAAAUGUAGUUAUAAGUAAAUUCUAAGCGAAAAUUUAUGAAGAUAUACCAUUUACGUGAUUUUAUACCAUUACUACAUUGAAGUAUUUUGUUACAUUGUAAUACAUAUAUAAAAAUAUUUCUAUUUUGAUUCGAUUUUGAAAUUAAUUUGC